CCCGAACCGUGUUACCGCGCUUUCACGCGAUCCCGCUCGCGAUAUUUCUCCGAUCUCUCGCUUCAUAAUCGUGUUGCCUCCAUUUUGAUUAGCCUCGUACUUGUGACAUGUGAAUCUCUGCUAAAAAUUCUUCGGGAUUUACUGAAUUUUCGUCGGAGCGACCGAUCAGGACAGUGUUUCGAUGUGAAAAGUGUGAAGGUGAUGAAAACUGAAUAGGAAAAUUGGUCGCCGCUGGAUGAUAACGAUCUCAACGGUCAUCGAAGACGAACCGGGUAACAGUUGUAAGGAUUUAUGAAUGAACACACGGAUGGCGGGGAUAUGAAUGAGACGCGGACGAUCGAACAAUCGUUUAACGGCGUCGAUCGUUCGAGCAACGGAUGCUUACUUUCGUCACGAGCUAUUCAUCCGGUCGGUCCGUAGCCACCACGCACACCCGCGCAGCACGAUUGCUCGUAUCACCGUUUAUUUUCUGAUCGAUAACGCUGGGGUCUCGGGGAGAUCGCGGUUGUCGAGCGAAACGUACGGUUCUAGGAAUCGGAAUCACGAAAUCUCUGCUGCGACGAUGAAGUGAGUACCGAGUGAUAUUAGUCCGUGUUGGAAGGAGAAGAAACGACAGCAAGAAUGCCGGACAGUUCGAACCAACUGUCGUCGCCGGGCAGCGAGUGCAGCAGUCAAAUGGGUGGUAUGCAUCGAAACGCAUCCGCUGGACAGUACGAGGAUUCCUCGAUGCCGGGACUCGCAUUGACGCAUCAUUCGCAAACUCUGACGCCGGCGUCGAACGGGAGCCUUCAGUACCCUCAGGAGUUAACCACAUGCACCUCGGCGAAUUCGUCGACGAGCGUAGGAAAUGUUGCCGCAAUGUCUUUGGGAAUCACGGUGAAUAAUUAUACGCCGGAUCAGAUAUCUUGCAUGUGCAAGGCGUUAUUGCAGAGACAGGAUAUUGAAAAGCUAACGAGGCUUUUGUGGUCCCUUCCUCCCGGCGAGUUGCUCCGUCGCGACGAGAACAUUUUGAUAGCAAGAGCCACGGUCGCUUUUCAUCGGGGCGCCUAUCACGAGCUUUACUCGAUCUUAGAGAGUCACCCGUUCUCGCCGGACCGUCAUCAGAAGUUGCAGGAUAUGUGGUUCACAUCGCACUACCGCGAGGCGGAGAAGAUUCGCGGCAGGCCGCUCGGUGCUGUAGACAAGUACAGGCUCAGGAAAAAGUAUCCUUUGCCGAAGACCAUUUGGGACGGCGAGGAGGUCGUUUAUUGUUUCAAGGAGCGAUCGAGGAACGCGUUGAAACAGUGUUACAUGAGGACCAAGUAUCCGCUCUCCGAGGAAAAGAAGAACCUCGCGAAGGAGACCGGGUUAACCCUGACUCAGGUGGCGAAUUGGUUCAAGAAUCGACGGCAAAGGGAUCGAACGCCGCAAACGAGAACGGAUAUGUUGCCGUUAAAUUGCCAGAGCAGUGCGAACAAUGUGAUCGGCGGCUCGGUGAGCAACGGGGACAGUCUUCAGCUACAAAGCAUCGACUCGAACGGCUCGAACUUGGCAAUGUCACCGUUGUCGACAAUGAGCAUGUCACCGGUCGCUGUAAACCCUUGCAGUCCGAUGGGUAUGAGUUCUAUGCCACCCCGUCAUCCAAGAUACGGAACACCCGUCACCCCUUCGCAUACAACGCACCCCCAUAACGGCGGCCUCAGUCCCAUGAACGACGUCAAAGCGUUAUGUUACGGACGUAGUAGUUACGAAACCGCUAAAGACGCGGACCAAAGUACGGUUUAUUAUCCGAACCACUCGAGCAUGCAUCAUCAGUAUUACCAACAGACGCAUCAUCAGAUGAUGUCGACUCAUCAUUAUCAGCAUCAUCAACAGGGCAUGCCGUCGGGGUACGAAAUCGCGCUACCGCCUCCGCAACACUCAACGUGACCAACCGACUACGAGACAGAUCGGGAUGCGGUUCAACCAAGUCAAACCGACGACGUUUUCGCCCGUGUUCACGCGUUCGCUUGACUCGGUGUUUUACUUAUUUCGACUUGUCUUGCCUCUCAAAAUUUAUCGUAUCGCGCGAACCGAUGCUCCGGAUCGAAAUUAAUUCGCGGUUAUGAAGCCUAUUGGAAAUCGAUAAAAAAGCAAGUAAUUCGUUGGAAAAAUUUUCUCACACGGCGAGGUCCAUCAAUCGCAUGAUUUCCAGCCAAUGGAGUAGUAAGUUUCUCCAUAAAAUUUCUGGGAGGAGCUAUACCUUGAGGAAGAACUGGUUUAACACGCGCACCCCUCGCGAAAGAUGGAGUCGCCGCCUGUUCCUCUCCUCCUUGCUGGUCUGACAAAAAGCUAAUAGCAAACGUGCAAGAGGUCGCGUUUUAACGAAUAUAGAUCGACAUCGUGUUACUAGACACGAAUUAUUUCCUUCGUCUUUGCGCAGGUUAUAUUCGACGGAGCUGCUCAAUUCGUAGCAAACUGAUUUGAGAACAAUUAAAACUGAACUGGUGAUUCUUUGACUCCAAGGUAACGUUUGCACGCAAGGACAGCGACUCUCGGUCGCAUUUAGCGUGUGUGUAUAUAUGUAGGUUGUCUGCAGUGUUAUAUCUCUGGUGUAAAAUAUAUUUUUGACCGCAGUACUAGGUAUACGGUUAAAUGAUUAUUAAACGAUUAUUCGAUCUCGCAGCCUAAGAUGAAACGAGUAAGAUCUUGCAUCGCAAGAUGAAGCUCUCGCAAAAUGGUGUACUGCUUUGACAAAAACUUACUGUACAAUUAAGCGAGGUGCAUUAAAUGUAUAAAAAUAAAUGAGAUAUCUAUAAAUCUUAUGCUUCGAUUAAUUAGAUAUCUCCUUCCGAGUAAAUCUUUGCA